UUUCUAUAAGUUGUUGAUUGAUAGAGUGGGAGAAUGAAUAUUUGAAGACUUCCAUAGACACACAGGACAAAAGAUUGAUCACCCAACAAAUUAAACCUCUCAUUCACUCUCUCUCUCUCUCUCUCUCUCUCUGAGGUGUUCCUAUCCGGGGUUUGUUUUUGUCAUUGAAAAGGUUAUAAAGAAAGAUUUGAAUUGAAGAAGGCAUAUAUUAACAGAUCCAUCAUCCAUCAGAAGAAGAUUCAUUGUUUUGACUCAAAUCAAACAUAUCUCAAAAUAUAUAUGGCUGCAACCUUAUCAGCAUGGCCAUGGGAAAACCUGGGCUCCUUCAAGUAUCUGCUAUUUGGUCCUUUUCUUGCAAAAGUAAUGUAUUCUAGACUAAUGGAGGAUAAUAGCAUGAUGGAGGACAUCUGGUGUCUUCAUAUUCUCAUUAUAUGUGCACUUAGAGGUGUCAUAUAUCAGUACUGGACCUCUUUCGCUAACAGCCUUUUCCUCACUCGAAAUCGCCGGAUUAUCCAACAAGGUGUCGAUUUUAACCAGAUUGACAAAGAAUGGGACUGGGAUAAUUUCAUCAUUCUUCAAGCUCUCAUAGCUUCAAUGGGUCGCUACGUGUUCCCCAUCCUUACCGAUAAUAAUCUUCCAUUGUGGGACACAAGAGGUUUUAUUGCAGCAAUGUUACUCCACAUGGGAGUUUCAGAGCCUCUCUAUUAUUGGGCACAUAAACACUUUCAUGGGAAAUUUCUUUUUAACCGCUAUCAUUCAUUUCACCAUUUAUCUACAGUACCCCAGCCCUUUACUGCUGGGAGUACCACUUUCUUGGAGCAUCUUGUAUUAACUGCCAUCAUUGGGGUUCCGGUAGUAGCAACUUGUGUAAUUGGAUAUGGAUCAAAAAGCAUGAUCUAUGCCUAUGUGUUGAUCUUUGAUUUUCUAAGAUGUUUGGGCCACUGCAAUGUUGAAAUUAUUCCCUAUCAGAUUUUUGACACUUUUCCCUUCCUUAGAUAUCUCCUCUAUACCCCAACGUAUCACAGCCUACACCACACAGAGAUGGGCACCAAUUAUUGCCUUUUCAUGCCCCUCUACGAUGCAUUGGGGAACACCCUGAACCCCAAAUCAUGGGAGCUACACAAGAAAAUAACUUCAAAUUCAGGUGAAAAUGGGAGGGUACCGGAUUUCGUAUUCCUGGCGCAUGUGGUGGACAUAACAUCAGCAAUGCACGUGUGCUUCGUUUUCAGGUCAUUUGCGUCGAGGCCGUAUGCAACCAGGAUUUUCCUGUUGCCAUUCUGGCCGGUGUGUUUUGUUGUGAUGCUAGUGAUGUGGGCAAAGUCUAAGACCUUCUUGGUCUCAUUCUACAACCUUAGAAAUAGGUUGCACCAAACAUGGUCUGUACCUCGCUUUGGAUUCCAGUAUUUCCUACCAUUUGCUAGGGAGGGCAUCAAUAAACAUAUAGAGCAGGCUAUUCUUCGGGCUGAUAGAAUGGGUGUUAAAGUCAUCAGCCUUGCUGCACUCAAUAAGAAUGAAGCUCUAAAUGGGGGUGGAACCCUCUUUGUGAUGAAGCAUCCAAAUCUUAAAGUUCGGGUUGUCCAUGGCAAUACCUUGACAGCUGCUGUAAUUCUUAAUGACAUCCCUGAGGAUGUCAAAGAGGUGUUUCUAACAGGAGCUACUUCCAAGCUAGGAAGGGCCAUUGCCCUCUACCUCUGUAGGCGGAAAGUAUCUGUCAUGAUGUUGACUCCAUCAACCGAGAGAUUCCAAAAUAUACAGAAGGAAGCUCCUACGGAGUGUCAAAAGUACCUAGUCCAAGUGACAAAGUACCAAGCAGCCAAAAACUGUAAGACAUGGAUAGUUGGUAAAUGGAUCACACCCAGAGAGCAAUGGUUUGCCCCAUCAGGAGCACAUUUUCACCAGUUUGUAGUCCCACCAAUCUUGGCCAUCAGAAGAGACUGCACUUAUGGUGAUCUUGCAGCCAUGAGGCUACCUGAUGAUGUGGAAGGGCUUGGAGUUUGUGAGUAUACAAUGGAUAGAGGAGUAGUCCAUGCUUGCCAUGCAGGUGGUGUGGUUCAUUUCUUAGAAGGGUGGAGUCACCACGAGGUUGGCGCAAUCGAUGUUGACCGAAUUGAUUUGGUGUGGAAAGCUGCACUAAAACAUGGUCUAAGGCCGGUGUCUGGUGUCAAGAAACAAAACCAUUUCUAAAUUUUCUUCACGUACUGCUACUACUUGAAGAGAUAAAGCAUUGGUUAAUUGGUACACAGACCAUUUGUUCUUCUCUUUGGUAAGGACAAGCCAAUUUAUUCUUUAAUUUUGUCCUUUUUAUUGGCAAAAACAUUUUGUUUAUUCGCAAUUUACCUGAGAUUUAGAUUAAACUGUAAUUCAAUACUAAACAUGUUUUGCUAUAUUAAAUAUAUAUACAGUUCACCAGAUUUAACAUUGUAUACUUUCAACCUCUUCUUUCCUUCUGUUUGAUGAAGAUAUAUGUAUAAUAGAUGGAGGUCAGAUAUAUUUAAAUAAAUUGAUGCAGUUUUAAAAA